AUGAAUCCAGUGACGAACAAUACAUCGGAACCCUCCUCCUCCCGGGCCAACAAGCGGUCCAGAUCAGUUGAAACUGCUUCCUCCAAUGAGCCACAACACAAGAAGCAGAAGACCGACCUUGCCAGCAACCCCUCGGCCCCGGCAACUUCCACUCUAGCCCAGUGCCCGUUUACGGACGCCCUCUUCGCGGAGAUGGCGGGGGUGAUCCAGGACACUUUCCCCAUCAACAGCUUUGCAGAGACAUACCACUGUAGCACGAACGAUGCCCUCGAUGCCCUGCGUGCCGUAGCCCUGAGACUCCUCUGCACGUCCUCAAUUCCUGGGUUGUCUGUCUCCGCCCAUGCCCAGAUUCUGAUUGUAGACUGGCGAGAAACUAUCGCGAAAAUUGCCCACAAUAUCAUCACCAUCCCAGGCAGCACCUCAGAGACACACUCCUCUUCUUUCUCGCCAACCCCCGAGUCACUCGAAUCUGCACCGCUAUCUGAUACCCGCGUCUCAUCGAUCUUCAGCUCUCCGCCCCAGCAGAGAAGCUCGCCCCCAAGCAGUCUAGAUAUUCUGGACCCCUCUUCGGAGCCUGCUGACGAGGAACUCCCAUCUCAACCAACUGCCAACAUCGCCGCAGCGGCUCCGAAGAAUAAGGGGGAGUACCCGGCAAACCCGACAAGUGAGCGCGUGGAAGUUCGUGGAGACUAUUCUGGAAGACUUAUCCCCGUUGCAAACUGGAUUGAGGGGUAUCACAUCUCCAAGCCCGUGGAGCAUCUCCAACCAGAACAGGGGGAUGGGAUGACAGACGAGGAGUUUGAGAAGCGGAUGCAAGCAGGGUGGUUCAGUGAGGUUUUGGAGGAGGAAGAGCUGGACCAGGUGGCCUGUGCGAAGCCUGGGCUGAGACGUUGCAGAGGAAAGAAGUGA